AUGUUGUAUCUCCAAACUCGAGAAUUGCAUCUACCCAGUGAGCUCCAAAAGAGUGAUGCCGGUCGUGGUUUGACGAAGAGUCUUCAGCACCAUGUAAAUAGUGUUCCACCAACUAGAUGGAUAUAUUGCCAGAACUUGGCCCAGUCAACAAUCACUGUUUGGAAGUUAUCUGGACCCAGUGGCCGACAAGGUCAUGAUGACCACAUUGGUGUUAUCCAUGACGGCGAGCCAAUUAUUUCCAGGUAUUCCAAUUGUGUGAUCAAAUCUCGUCACUGGGCAGUCACUCUGACACUAUUAAUUAUUGCUCGCGACGUUGGGAUAGUUUGUGCUGCUGGAUAUUUGAGCUUCCUAUCACUCCCGGAGCCA